GUUGUGGGUUAAACUACCAUAAGCGAUGUGCCUUCAAGAUUCCAAAUAACUGCAGUGGAGUGAGAAAGAGGCGUCUGUCUAAUGUGUCUUUACCAGGAGCAGGGCUUUCAGUUCCAAGACCAGCGCAAGCUGAAUACUCAUCCUCUGCCUCUGAAGAACGCUGCUGCCCAGAACCUAGUAAGAGGAUUCCCUCCUGGAGUGGCCGUCCCAUCUGGAUGGAAAAGAUGGUGCUUUGCAGAGUGAAGGUUCCUCACACCUUUGCAGUUCACUCUUACACUCGUCCCACCAUAUGCCAGUAUUGCAAACGGCUGCUCAAGGGCCUUUUUCGCCAAGGAAUGCAGUGUAAAGAUUGCAGAUUCAACUGUCACAAGCGUUGUGCACCUAAAGUACCUAGAGAUUGUCUUGGAGAGGUGGUUUUCAAUGGAGAACCUGCUAGCCCAGGCCAGGACCUGGACAUGCCAAUGGAAGUUGAUAGCAGUGAAAUGAACAGUGAUGGUAGUCGGGGUCUGGAUGAUGCUGAAGAGCCCUCUCCUCCAGAGGACAAAAUCUUCUUUAUGGAUCCGUCUGACCUUGAUGCAGAAAAAGAUGAGGAAGCUGUCAAAACCAUCAGUCCUUCAACAAGCAAUAAUAUUCCACUCAUGAGAGUUGUACAGUCGAUCAAGCACACAAAGAGGAAGAGCAGUACAAUGGUGAAGGAAGGGUGGAUGGUCCACUACACUAGUAGAGACAAUCUGAGAAAAAGACAUUACUGGAGACUGGACAGCAAAUGCCUCACACUGUUUCAAAAUGAAUCUGGAACAAAAUAUUACAAGGAGAUUCCACUUUCAGAAAUUCUCCAGGUGACUCAGCCUCGAGAUUUUUCAAACGUGGUGCAGGGCAGCAACCCAUACUGUUUUGAGAUCAUCACUGACACGAUGGUGUACUUUGUUGGCGAAAACAAUGGCAGCAGUCACCACAGUCCUGUUCUUGCUGCCACCGGAGUCGGACUUGACGUAGCUCAGGGCUGGGAGAAAGCCAUUCGUCAGGCUUUGAUGCCAGUCACUCCUCAAGCUAGCGUUUGCACUGCUGCAGGACAAGGAAAAGAUCACAAAGAGUUAUCUCUAAGCAUCUCUGUGUCAAAUUGCCAGGUCCAGGAGAAUGUGGAUAUCAGCUCUGUGUACCAAAUAUUUGCUGAUGAAGUGCUGGGUUCUGGUCAGUUUGGUAUCGUAUAUGGAGGAAAACAUAGGAAGACUGGAAGAGAUGUGGCUAUCAAAGUAAUUGACAAGAUGAGGUUUCCAACUAAGCAGGAAAGUCAGCUUCGUAAUGAAGUAGCCAUUCUCCAGAAUUUGCACCACCCUGGGAUUGUGAACCUGGAAUGUAUGUUUGAAACCCCAGAGCGGGUCUUUGUUGUGAUGGAAAAGCUGCAUGGGGAUAUGCUAGAGAUGAUUCUUUCCAGUGAGAAAAGUCGACUUCCAGAACGAAUAACUAAGUUCAUGGUCACUCAGAUACUUGUUGCUUUGAGGAAUUUACACUUCAAGAAUAUUGUUCACUGUGAUUUAAAACCAGAAAAUGUACUGCUAGCAUCAGCAGAGCCAUUCCCUCAAGUGAAGCUGUGUGAUUUUGGCUUUGCACGCAUCAUUGGUGAAAAAUCUUUCAGGCGCUCUGUGGUGGGGACACCUGCUUAUCUCGCCCCCGAAGUGCUCAGGAGUAAAGGUUACAACCGCUCUCUAGACAUGUGGUCAGUAGGAGUUAUUGUCUAUGUGAGCCUCAGUGGUACAUUCCCAUUUAAUGAAGAUGAGGAUAUAAACGAUCAGAUUCAAAAUGCAGCAUUUAUGUACCCACCAAAUCCUUGGAAGGAAAUUUCUAGUGAAGCCAUUGAUUUAAUAAACAAUUUGCUUCAAGUGAAGAUGAGAAAACGUUUCAGUGUUGACAAAUCCCUUAGUCACCCGUGGUUACAGGAUUAUCAGACUUGGCUUGACCUCAGAGAAUUUGAAACACGUAUUGGGGAGCGUUACAUUACCCAUGAGAGUGACGAUGCACGCUGGAAAGAACAUGCUUUUGAACACAACCUUGAGUAUCCCCAGCAUUUUAUUAUGGCUCCUAAUCCAGAUGACAUGGAAGAAGACCCUUGAUAUAUUCGUUAUGCUAAACUGCAGCGAAGAAGGACAUUCCAGACAGAAACUGAAGAUAAUAUUUGGAGGAACUGUUGAUCUUGCUGAAUGCUGUACGUGCGGUUCAGUGUACAAAGCCUCAGA